CCUGCUGCCGCUGGAUGUUGAUGAUCGGCCGAUCGGUGGUGGCUGACUGUGGUGUCUGCUGCUGUGGAUGCUGUAAUCACUGUAACUGUGUUGAAAGCCAGCGACAAAAUACUACAAAUAUUUUGUAAAGAUGUCGUUUGACUCCGGUGACGCCAGUGCGGGUGUGGACCGAGAAAUGCAACAGUUCUUGGCCGUGGAGCAGCAGAAAGCACAAUUCCAGGCGCAGGUUCAUCGGCUCAAUGAAAUUUGCUGGGACAAGUGCAUGGACAAGCCGGGCACCAAGCUGGAUGGGCGGACCGAGACCUGCCUAUCAAACUGUGUCGAGCGUUUUAUUGACACGUCACUCUCAAUAACCAACCGCUUUGCACAGUUAUUGCAGAGGUCAGCUGCUGGUCAGACAUAAAUAGAUAGCCCUGUGUGGAAAACCUUUGACAUUUGAAGGAAAACGAAUCUAGUGCAUUGUGAUUCACCUGGAAGAAAGGAAGGACCGACACCGUAGCGUCAGCCAUGAUAUCUGCAGCAAUCAUCAGGUCUUCUCGUGUGUAGUGGUACAAAUUAAAACUUAUGAUACUUUAUUCCAUGUGCAUAAAAAAGAGCUGUACUAAUACCUAAAUAUAUGUUUAGUAUACUGUGGCAUCACUGAUGCCAUUGCUAGAUGAAAGGCACUUGAUUUUAGAAGUCAAUAGAGGAUGUAACACUCCUGCAUGUGAUAAUUGGUUUUUGGUGGCACUUCAAACAUUCGCACGGUAAAAUUUUUCUGAACCGGA